AUGCUGGUGUGGCAGGAUGUUUUCACCGAGGAUGAGGUGAUGUCGGACUCGCACAAGGUGUCGCCGUGCAAGGACAUGGAAGGCAACGCGGUUCCUGGCAUGUUUCAAGUCGAGUCCAAGACGGUGGCCAAGGGCGCCGACAACGUCGACAUUGGCUGCGGAGACGCCUUUGGUGGGGACGAUGAGCAGGUGGACGAUUCCGUCGAGACGGUCAACAACGUGAUUGACGACUCGAUUGGCUUUGGCUACAUUGAGACGGGUUUUGACACGAAAGCCGAGCUCAAGACGUACCUCAAGUCGUACUUCCGCAAGACGAUGAAGCACCUCAAGGCGACGGAUGCAGGCGACGAAGCGCUGGCGCAAUUCAAGAGCGACGCGCAGGAGAUUGUCAAGUUCCUCGUGUCCAUGUUCAAAGAACUGCAGUACUACAUGUUUAAGUCGUGCGACUCGGAGGCUGGACUUGCGUACGCCUACUACCCCGAAGGCGCUGUCGCCCCCACCUUCUGUUACAUCAAGUGGGGGCUCAAGGAGGUGAAGUUUUAG